AUAGAAUAUAAUCUUUUUUAAAAAAACAUUGUCGUAUUAAGUGCUUGGUUUGCAUACUUCAGGUUCCUGAAGUAUGCAAACCACAGACCACAGAUGCUCUGCAAGGUCUGUACUGCAGCGUCUUCAGUUCCUGUUUGUUUCAGGGGCUUUCUGUCUUCAUUCGUGUUUAAGCUAGUGAAAAUCAGUUGGAUUUAUGUCAGCUAAUUGACUUGGCCAGCUAAGAACAUUCAGCUUUGUCCGGGAAGUAAAUGGGUGGACGCCGUUAAAUUUCAAAAUGGCUCAGCAGGUUCUGAAUUUCCAUUCAGUUCAAAAGGUGUGCAUCCUGCACAAUGUUGCCUUGAGUAGCUAAACAAGUUGGAAACUUUAUUUGAUCCAAGCUGGCUAGCUAGCCAACUAGAAACAUUAACAUUAUUUUAUCGAUUAUUUUAUUGUUAUUGAGAUCAGAAAUUCAGAGAUGAGGUCAGAAGAAUAGAGGUGGUGUGAUGAAGUGUGGUGAGAAGACAUUAAAACUUGUUACUUCAGAAAGACCAAGUGCACCACUUGAAUGCCCACUAUAUUCAGGGAAGGUACUGGGACACAGGAGAUUGAUCUGGAAAAGACGAUCUGAAAGCAGCCUCUGUUCUUAUCAGGGGAGACUGCAGCACCCAGGAUCAGGAAGAAUGGAGAGAACCAGAGAAUGAGAGAGCCAGCUACUUCAGAUCUGGAGCCAUUUUCAUAAAACAUUUUGGGCAAUAUUUACAAGAGGACAGACCUGCCUGCUUCAAAUCUGGAGCCGUUUUCAUCAAACCUUUUGGGAGACAUGUACAAGAGGAGAAACCCACCUGCUUUAAAUCCAGGGUUCUUUUCAUCAAAGGUUCAAGGUUUCUUCAUUCAUAUCCAUGGAUAAAUGUAUUUUUCAGGCAGGAGAUGCAGCAUUCCACAGGUACAGAGGACAUCAGAGCAACACAAUACAGCAAUACAACACAAAAGACAUCACAAGACAAGAAGAGGAAGAUGCUGAUUUUUUGCCUUCUCUUGCUGAUUUUUUCUCAACACAUGGGAGCAACACCUGAGAUCUGUAAAAAGGAAUGGCCGUGCGCUGAUCCUGUAUGUUUUGAAAUAAUGAGGUCAUCAGAACCAGCUUGCACCUCCACCAAUCAAACACAUCUCUGCAGAAUUGACAGCAGCUGCAUUGAGUAUAAUUGUGAUGCAGAUUUAAGCUGCAAAUGUAACGGAUGUCCAAUUGAUCUGGCAGACUUAACCAAAUGCCCUGUAAAAGAUGAAGAGAGCAUUUCCAUGGAAAAUGAGGUCCAUCCUGAGGAAACCAAGCCCUAUGAAGGUGACCUAUCCACACCUGAAGUGCCAGAGAGGAACAACACCAACAGGACCGAGUCAUCUGGUUCCAGCAUGACCCCACUGCAGAUUGCUGCUGCUGUUGUUGUUCCUGCUGUUGGUGUUGGUGCGGGUGCCAUUGCAUACUGCGUCUGGAUGGCCCGUCGAAUGCAGGGGCACAGGGACGCAGAGCAGGAAGAGAGAGACCCACAGGGAGAGCCCCUGGCACAGGACCAAAAUAUAAUGGAGCUGCAAGACAUGAAUGGAGAUGGGGAGGGGGAAGUGGUAUAAGAUUUUUGUUUAAUAAAUCAUGUAAAAUUGA